AUGGAGGAGGAGGUCUCGAUACCUCGAGAGACGGGCGCCUUUAAUCGGCUGCCCGCCAAUGUCAUUGAGCACAUUCUUUAUUCCGUGGAUGCCAACGCCUUCGCAUCGCUGGCCCUACUGAAUUGCAAAUGGAGGCGCAUUUCCGAGUCCCCAGCGUUAUAUGCCUACCACUUAUCGCGAUGCCCGUCGUUUACCUGGACGAGAGGGGCAAACCCCGCGCCGAGCGAGGCCGACAGCCUGCCCGACCUCAAACGCCAAUUCUUGGAGGAAAUCCGGCGUAAUGCAUUUGAUGUAUUCAUGCGACCGCGCCGUACACUUGUGCGAUUAAUGUCCAGUUCGAUGAGCUCGUCUACCGCUUUCCCCCAGGGUGAAGUGUUUCGCUUUGCCUUCUCAGCCAACGGUCGCAUGGUUCUCUGUAUCAGCUCAUCUCGGAUAGUUGUGCUCGAUGUGACCAUGGAGCCAGUGUCUGUAAAGUAUGAACUGCAAACCCGCCGCCGCCCCUUGGGUGCCACUAUCCAGGAUGAUGGUGCUCUCCUUGCGGUCCUGUCCUCUACCCACAAAGUCAAUAUCUACCGGCUCUCUGAAGAGGAGAUCACGCGUAUCCAGACCAUCUCCCUAAACGAUGCCCCGCGAGACCUCACAUUUUCUCCUACGGGAAGUGUUCUCGCCUUGUCGUUUGAUGAUUGCAUUGAAGUGCAUGCGGUUGGAGAGGAAGUUCUGGCAACGGAACGCCGAGCAGCGCGAUGUCCUCGUGUGGAUGCACUCUCAUUCACCUCCGAUGGUACCAUGCUUCUUGGAUCGCCGGUUGACUUUGGACAGGAAGGUAUUGUGUCUAUUACAGCUCCAUUUUACACUGAGAUUGGGAUCGAUGUGUCACCACAGGAGCUGCAAAUGCGGAUGUGGACAACGCAGAUUCUCUUCCCCGAAAUAGCCACUGGAUUCACUCAUGCCUGCCUAAUCAAUGGUCAUGAGGAUGCGGAUGACAGUUGGAUUUUGGCAUAUGAUAGUCAGCUCGGGGCAUUUCGAACAAUCAAAAUCGACAACAUCGACGCUGGCGGUGUAUACUUUGCCAGCCCCUUUGUGCCGGAUGAACUUCGAGAAACCCCGCCCAUCAUGCAACCCUCGACAGAUAACGCUGGUGAGCUAUUGGCCCUCGGUUUCCAGGACUCUCAGGUAUGGGUCUAUGGGGUCCCAGCCCGUCUCGAUGUAGAAACCUCCAACCAGGUCCCUGGCUCCGAGAACCGUGGCACCAGUCUGUGUGGUGACCAUCAUUCUGAAGGGCGAACAGGACCUCGCGACAACCGUGCACAGCUUGAAAAGAUUGUACAGCAGCCCGAAAAAGUUCUUAUCCGGGGUCGUCCAGUGACCGACAUGCAUGGAAUCACUGCUGCUCGCUGGGUUCGAUUACCUCAAUCAGUCAAGCCACGUCGUCGUCUUGUUGCAGCAGCCCCUGGUGGUGUUCGUCCUCAAGCGCUUGGCGAAGAAGACAUUCCGGUUGAUGGUGGCAGACUUCUCAUUUUGGACUUCGAGAGAACAGCGACCAUUGGCGAGGAAAUCGAAAUUGACCUUGAAGUUGGCGAGACAGCACCGAAGAUAUUAGCUGAGCCCGACUCCUCAUUGGACACCGAAGUAGAGCUGGAAAGGAGACGAACCCGCUUGCAUCGCAAUGAUACUGAUCCAACAACAUUGGCGGCAUCUGCCCAUCGUCCAUCGACACGGAUCCCGUAUCGCGGAUCCCCGCGGUCAACGAGUCAAACGGCUCUUCCAAUUAUUCGUCGCAACAGUCUCAUAGCCCCUGCUUCUCCAAAUGGACUUAACCGCGGGGAAGUUCCUGAUAUUCCGUACGAUAAUACUCAACCCCGUUCUCAAGAUACCCUGAAUCGAGCGGCAACAGCGGCGGCAUCGACGCGAGGUCGGUAUGAUCCACGAUAUCGCAACACCCCGAGUCGACGUCAGAUACCGCACGAAAGCGAUGCAGAUAAUUGGGUGCCUCCGCCUCCCCCAUACACCCGGGAGGCUGAUCAACCUUUACCCGUACAUUUGCAACAGUCUCUUCUUUCAAGGCCUUCGGCAAACGCGCAAAACUCCAACAACGGAUCUGCUCAACCAGUUCAACGCGCCCAGACUGCUCGUGCUGCGCGAGAUACCACUUCAGAGCGUCCCCGCCCGCAAUCCCUCAUUCUACAGAGGCUAGGAACGCUUAGUAGCAGACGUGGUCGGGGUCGAAGGGGAUCCUCAGCAGGUGCCACCGCAGAACCAGCUCAAAUACAAAGCUAUAGUCAGAACGCCGGUAUUCCUCAAGUACCACCCAUCCCGCCAGAUAUCAUCACCACCCAACCUCCAACCCAAAGAAACCAUAACUGGCCUGUUCGCUCAAAUACAACAGCCGCACCAAUCCCAGUCGCUACCGAGUAUCUUACCCUUCCUUCACCCCUCCCCAUAUUAGCCCUUCAUCCUGCUGAGCAAGGCGCCCCACAAACCUUGAGCGCAACCAUCCUCGGCGAGAACUACCUUUCCUAUUCUGUUUCAUCUCCAAACCUCCUCCACAUACCGCAGCCCCACGGCAAUGCCCUAGAUCUCGCCGCAGAAGACGAGGACCAGAUACCAGCACGACAGAGGUCAUUUCGCCGACGGGUGUCGACAGAGCCAAAUAGUCUUCCGCCGCCCGCAACCGAGGAGUGGCGAAGGCGUAUCGAAGAUUGGAACGAACAUACCAUCCGGGAACGGAGUCGCAAGCGUCGAAACAAGUGCAUCGUCAUGUAG